GCUCCUUUUCUGCAGCCUGGAAUCUCCUACAUGCUUCUCCUACCGUUAUGUACAAGAAGUUUUCUGAGUUUCGUUUGUAAAGCAGAAGACUCUCUUUGAUUCUUUUCCACAUGCAAGUAUGGACAUUGUAACCUAUGAUGAUUACUCCAAUACACCGCUUCAGAGAUAUUGAGAGGAAACCUGAAUACCUCCAGCCAGACAAGUGUGUUCCACCUCCUAGCAAUAGUUCCUUGGGAACAAUGUGGUUUAUUCGAGACGGCUGUGGUAUCGCUUGUGCUGUUGUUACCUGGAUGCUUGUCUUCUAUGCAGACUUUGUAGUCCUUCUUGUUAUGUUAGUUCCGUCAAGAGAUUAUAUUUAUAGUAUGAUCAAUGGGAUAUUAUUCAACAUAUUGGCUUUCUUGGCUUUGGCUUCACAUUUUCGAGCUAUGCUAACAGAUCCAGGUGCUGUGCCUAAAGGUAAUGCCACAAAAGAGUUUAUUGAGAGUUUACAGCUGAAGCCAGGACAGGUGGUUUAUAAGUGUCCAAAAUGCUGUAGCAUCAAACCAGACAGAGCACAUCACUGCAGUGUUUGCAAGAGAUGUAUUAGGAAAAUGGAUCAUCACUGUCCAUGGGUUAAUAACUGUGUAGGAGAGAAUAACCAGAAGUACUUCGUACUGUUUACAAUGUAUAUAGCACUAAUUUCCAUGCAUGCCCUAAUCAUGGUGGGAUUUCAUUUCCUGUAUUGCUUUGAAGAAGACUGGACAAAAUGCAGCUCCUUCUCUCCACCAACUACAGUGAUCCUUCUUAUCCUCUUGUGUUUUGAAGCUCUCUUGUUUCUCAUCUUCACAUCUGUAAUGUUUGGGACCCAGGUGCACUCCAUCUGCACUGAUGAAACGGGAAUAGAACAAUUGAAAAAGGAAGAGAGAAGAUGGGCUAAAAAAACAAAAUGGAUGAACAUGAAAGCAGUAUUUGGCCAUCCGUUCUCUAUAGCAUGGCUUAGCCCAUUCGCUACUCCAGACCAAGGAAAGGCAGACCCAUACCAGUAUGUGGUCUGAAGAAUUCUUGAACAGAAUUUCCACUAAAAUUGAACCACAUUUCAGCACUACUGUUAUAAAAUUUUAUAUGAAUGUUUAAAACAAAACAAACUCUUUUUAUGUCUACUAAAGGCUGUCAAUUGCAGAGGAAAAAAACCCUGUCUUCUGCAGUUUUAGAUAAUAUUAUGUCUCCAGUGGCUGAAAGCGUCGUCUUUUUUUAAAAAAACUUGUUAACUUUACUGGCCUUUGUUUCUAUCUGCUUUCUGUAUGGCAUAACUAAUGUGAAAGAGACCCUCUCUCUCUGUUAUGCCUGUCUCUGCUGAGUGGAUAUCAUGCUAUCUCUAGACUGUGAGGAUAUCUGUGAAUGACACGUAAGUGCCAACGGUGCCAUCUUCCAACCUACACAGAUCUCUUUGGACCUCCUGAUGGUGUGAACAUCUCUGGCUGGGCAGUGGGUUGCUUUCAUAGAAGAGGACUUUAGCUGGGAAAUAGAUACUUUGCUUACUGAUCAUUGAAAGGUGGAGACGAGGGUGUGAUGCUGUGAGAGCCAAUUAAUAUUGUGACCACAUGCAGUUAAAGUAUUUAAAACAAAUGUUGCCAACAUGAUCUUUUUUGUUUUCAGAGGCAAAAUUGAUUCCAUCUUUCUGGCAUUAUUGUCUGCUCCCUCCCUUGUAAGCAGAAAAUGUUGCCCCUCUAGAGAAAAUGUUGCAGCUUUGGGUGAAAGACUUUCUUGAUUAAAUGCCUUACACUUAGAGGAAAAAGGAAAAUUCAUUAAAAAAAAACUCUUAGGAUCAUUUAAUGUAUGUUUGACUUUGAUAAAUAAGCUGUUGGAGCAAUACCUUUUCAACAGUGUUAACAUUUAGAACAUGACAACUUGCCAUGAAAGUUUAGCACUGAUGGUUUGUGUGUAGGUCCUUCUGAGCAAUUAAUUUUCUGUUUUUAGGACUGCCCCUCUUUAUAACUUUGUAAAUUUUUUCUUAUAUUUGCGUAUUUUCAAUUGGAAAGUGUCAGUGUUAAGGAGUAUGCAUGCCUACUGUCAUGAUUGUGUGGAUAGUAAACAAUGAGCCGUAAAUGGUUGAUGGAGGGACAGAACAUUCCAUCAAAAGCACAUGCAGAUAGUACUAAAUCCGUAUGUGAUUGAAAUUAAUGUUUUUGUAUUUGGGCAGAAAAUGUAUUGUAUUCUGAAUCAUUUUGAAAAGGGGCAGUUAGCAUUGUGUUCCUAGGAGCCCUCAAUCAAUCCUAAACAAAGGAAAAAUGAAAUAAGCUGUAUUCAUGGAUUCCCGAAGUAAUCUUUUCAUUUGUUGUUUAAAUACUCAAUCAAAGCCAUGGGGGAGGGAAAGGGAUUACAGGGAGGAAAAGGCUAAUGGAUCUGUCUCACUUUGAAAGUAAUGUGAAUGCUGCAUCUUUUUCAAUUCUGUCAAUGCUUCCAUAUGGAAAACAAAUGCAAUAAAACUUUUCCAAAAACUG